UUAUACAUUAAUAGAUAUGCAACACCAACAAAGCGAGCAAUUGUCAAGAGAAUGGGGACUUUUACAAGAUCCUGUUAUUCAUACUGAAAGACUUGAAGCUAUUCGUCAAAAGAAGGGAUAUAUUAUUGAUAUGGAUGGCGUCAUUUACCAUGGAGCCAAUUUAUUACCAGGUGCUAAAGAGUUGGUUCAAUUCUUAAAAGACAAUAAUAAAAAAUAUCUUUUCCUUACCAAUAAUUCAGCACCUACUCCACAAGAAUUACAGCAAAAGUUACAUCGAUUAGGUAUUGAUGUUGAAGCAGAUCAUUUCUUUACAUGCGGACAAGCCACUGCCCUCUUUUUAGAAUCCCAAAUGCCGGGUGGUGGCACAUGUUAUGUUAUUGGAGAGCAUGGGCUUGCUUAUGCUCUUUAUGAAAAGGGCUUUGACAUGAACGAUCAUAACCCUGACUAUGUCGUGUUAGGUGAGACAGCGGCUAUCAAUUUUGAAAAGAUUACAAAGGCGGUACAGCUUGUACAACAAGGUGCUAAAUUAAUUGCCACGAACUUGGAUGUUGAAACACUUGACUCUCAGGGUCGUAAAAUACCUUCUACAGGCGCCUUUGCUGCUUCUAUUGAACUAGUUACCAAAACCCAAGCCUUCUAUUGUGGUAAACCUUCUGCUUUAAUUAUGCGUUAUGCUCAACGUGUGCUUGGUUUAAGUAGAUUAGAAACAUGCAUUAUCGGCGAUCGAAUGGAUACUGAUAUUGUCGCUGGUAUUACUUCAGAAAUUGACCCUGUUCUUGUUCUAUCCGGAGUCACGACUAUGGAAGAUCUUAAGCAAUUUGCUUAUGGACCUUAUCUCAUUUUAGGUGGUGUUUAUGAAAUACCAACUGAAGAGAACACACAUAAAGUAACUGAUGAAGAGUUAGAAGAAGCAAGCAGAAGAGCUUCAUUCCUGUAAAAAACUGAUUUCUUAAAUUUUUUUUUUAAAGUACCUCCUACCAAUAAAAUUAAAGUGUU